AUGAGAGCACUUUAUUAUCUGAUGUUUCUGGUCCAAUUCACUGAUUUUGCCGGUUGUUGUUCUGUUGAGAAUGUCAACGAUACUAUAGAGAACGCCAUGGUUUCUUGUUCAAACAAUUUGUUGUGUACAGCUACGUGUCACCGUGGUUACAUAUUUCCUACUGGUCUCGAAGAGGAAUCAUUGAGUUGUCAGGAUGGAAUGUGGACGCCUUCGCUAUUACAAUGCAAGCGUUUACCUGACGUUUUGGUUACAUAUGCAGCAAAAUGGGCUUUUUUGGGAGUUCCAAUCAGACUCUGUAACAAUAUUUCAACACGACUGGAUGAUUUAAAAGAUAAUUUAGAAGAGGCUUUUGCAGACCGAUGCCAUAACAUAAGUGGCAUUUUCGCAACAGUCCAGUUUAAAUAUUCCUCUUUGUCGUUUAUGGUUUUUACGGACUUUGAAGCAGUAUAUCAAAAUUAUACAAAUAUGAACGAACUCAACAUUUGCAUAAACUAUACAAUCCACACAUUUCCAAAUCUGCAAAUCAUCAAAACAAUGUUUGACGGUGUUACUUGCGAUGAUUAUAACUCAAGUAAUACGAUUUCUGAACUCCUGUAUAUCAAGGAUACAAUUAAAUUCUGCUUAAAUGGUACGGAAGUCCACAACGUUCAAACGUCUGGUCCCGGAAGAAAUGAACAAUAUUGUGAUUUUAGAGAAAUAUCUACAUCCAAAACAACUUCAAAAAUGUCCACAGAAGCAACAACUUCAAGUGCUCUGGAAACCAAUUUUUUUUCAACUGAAGCAUGGGCUUUAUCUUUAGAAUUUAUUAUUGUAGCUAUCUACAUCGCUGCACUAGCUGGUGGAGUUCUUUUAAUUUCCGCCAUUAUCAUCUUGGUAGCUUGCGUUCAAACGAGAGAAGUAAAAUCCCCGGAAACCCUGCCAGCAGUAGACAAUGAAGUAUUCGACAAUAGCUUUAAAGGAGAGCUAAUUGAAAACGAACUUUACCAAAGUGCCGAUAAUGCUACUGACCCUACCGGCAAUAAGGUCAAUACAAAAGUCAAUAUGAGUGUUCCUUCAGCAGCACCUAGCUUUAAAGGAGAGCUGAUUGAAAACGAACUUUACCAAAGUGCCGAUAAUGCUAUUGACUCUACCGGCUAUACUGACAAUACAAAAGUCAAUAUGAGUGUUUCUUCAGCAGCACCUAAUUGUAAAGACCUAACACAAACAGAACAGGAAUUGGAACAAGACCAGUACUCGUAUCCGUCUAAAUGUAAAGAGACUAACCUCAGUGUUGAUGGGUUUAAGGAUGAGGAAAUAGACAAAUUGUAUUCUAACGCCGCUCAAAAAGGACACCAAAAGACACCCAACUUUGAUCCUGACAGUGAUUGUCAGUAUGCUGUUGUAAGGGAAUAAUACAGACAUAUGACAGAGAGCGACUUAAAAAGUUAACAGCGCCUUGAUAUGAAACAAAAAGAAAUGAUUCCUGAAGUGGCCUUUAAAAAAUAACGCAUCUUGUUAGCUGCAAUCUGCUUCACCAUAAAUGGAACAAUAUAUUGCUCCGAUAAAUGUUAU